UUUAAACCUACUUCACUCCAAAACUACCAUCAUUCAUUCAACAACAACACCUCUCUCGCCUCUCCUUUUUCUCUGCUCCGUUUUUUCGCAUCCAUUCAUCACCAAUGGCGUUGGAAGGUGUUCUCCUCGGUAUGGGUAAUCCUCUUCUCGACAUUUCUGCUGUUGUCGACGAAGAAUUCUUGAAAAAGUUUGACAUCCAGUUGAACAAUGCCAUUCUCGCCGAAGAUAAGCAUAAAUCUAUGUACGAUGAAAUGUCUGCCAAAUUUAACGUGGAAUAUAUUGCCGGAGGUGCUACUCAAAAUUCAAUCAAGGUUGCUCAGUGGUUGCUUCAAGUACCUGGAGCCACUAGUUACAUUGGUUGCAUAGGAAAGGACAAGUAUGGCGAGGAAAUGACCAAGAACUCUAGACUUGCUGGUGUAAAUGUUCAAUAUUAUGAAGAUGAAAAUACACCUACAGGAACUUGCGCUGUUUGUGUGGUUGGUGGCGAAAGGUCACUUAUUGCCAACUUAGCAGCUGCAAAUUGCUACAAGGUUGAUCAUUUGAAGAAACCCGAAAACUGGGCAUUAGUUGAAAAGGCCAAGUAUUUCUAUAUUGCUGGCUUUUUCCUCACUGUAUCCCCUGAAUCCAUUCAAUUAGUUGGCGAACAUGCUGCUGCAAAAAACAAGGUCUUCACGAUGAACCUUUCUGCACCCUUUAUCUGUGAGUUCUUCAAGGACGUACAGAACAAAGCUCUUCCAUAUGUUGACUAUGUUUUUGGAAAUGAGACAGAAGCAAGAACAUAUUCCAAAGUGCAUGGCUGGGAGACUGACAAUGUUGAGGAGAUAGCUCUAAAGCUAUCCCAGUUGCCAAAAGCAAAUGAAGCUCGGAAAAGGAUUACUGUUAUCACACAGGGUGCUGAUCCCGUGUGUGUUGCUAAAGACGGGAAAGUGACAUUGUACCCUGUUAUACUAUUACCUAAAGAGAAAUUAGUUGAUACAAACGGAGCAGGAGAUGCUUUUGUUGGAGGAUUCCUUGCACAAUUGGUUCAGGAGAAGCCUAUUGAAGAAUGUGUGAGAGCUGGGUGUUAUGCAGCAAAUGUUGUCAUUCAAAGGUCUGGCUGCACUUACCCAGAGAAGCCUGAUUUUCAUUGAGUGAUUCUCCCGAGUUCAUCAAUAUUAUUAUUCUUACUAUUAUUGUUAUGAAGUUUUGAUUAUUGAGAACAAUUUUAGUUGCGUUUUAAUAGUUACACUCUUAACUGGUUUGGGAUUUUUAUUAAGUCCUGGCCAGGGAGAAGGGGUUAAGAAGUUGCAGAGGGAAAAAUAUUACUGAAAUAAUUUCAUGUAUUUGAAGCCCUAUCUGGCAUGGUGUCUUAUUUUUGCUGUUUGUAAUCUGAAGUGUUUAGUUCUUUUUUGGAUACUAUUUAGCUAAUGUUGCUAUAUUAUGAUGAUACUAUGAAAAUAGCUAAUGUUGUUUUUA